AUGCGGAAACAGCUGGACCCAAGGAUCCCUACGCUGAUCCGGAAUAAUGUCGCAACAGGACACCGCUCCUUUUUUGUGAUUGUCGGUGAUCAUGGCCGCGACCAAGUAGUGAAUUUGCAUUUCCUGCUUUCGCAGUCGCGUGUCGGCUCGCGGCCCAACGUCCUUUGGUGCUACAAAAAGGACCUUGGCUUCACGACGCACCGCAAGAAGCGCGAGGCGAAAAUCAAGCGCGACAUCAAGCGCGGUGUGCGCGAUCAGGACACUCAGGACCCGUUUGAGCUUUUUGUCGGCGUGACGGAUAUCCGGUACUGCUACUACAAAGAUACGGCCAAAAUUCUGGGCCAAACGUAUGGGAUGCUUGUUUUGCAGGACUUUGAGGCAAUCACUCCCAACCUGCUUGCGCGCACUAUUGAAACUGUAGAAGGCGGUGGGAUUGUGGUGCUCUUGCUUCAGACUAUGUCGAACCUGCGCCAGCUCUACUCGCUCUCCAUGGAUGCACACAGCCGGUUCCGCACCGCGAGCACCGACGAGGAUCCAGUCGCACGAUUUAACGAGCGCUUUCUGCUCUCGCUCAGUUCUUCGCCCAACUGUCUUUUGCUGGAUGAUGAGCUGAAUGUGCUUCCUCUAAGCCGCGGCAAAGAAAUCCGCGCGCUGCCGGAAACGAGCGCAGGCCAAAGUGUAGGCGGCGUCGGAUCGGUGGUGCAAAAAUCAGACACGCGCAAGCAGCGCGACGAGGAACUGGAAUCGGUGCAGUCGGACGUAGCAGAGACCAAGGUGGUAGGCGACGUAAUCAAGCACGCCAAGACACUCGACCAGGCCAAAGCCGUGCUCACAAUCCUCGACGUUUUGGCGAGCAGUUCUCUGUCCACCACCGUCGCACUCACUGCUGGGCGUGGGCGCGGCAAGUCUGCCGCGCUCGGCCUGUGCCUUGCUGCCGCCGUCGCGCAUGGCUACAGCAAUAUAUUCGUCACGAGUCCCAGCCCUGAGAACCUCAAGACGCUCUUUGAGUUUGUGCUCAAAGGCCUGGAUGCUCUGGGCUACGAAGAGGUGGCCGACUGGGAUAUCCAGCGCGGCACGGGUGAGUGGAAAGACGUGGUCGUCCGCGUCAACAUCUUCCGCGAGCACCGCCAGACCAUUCAAUAUAUCCAGCCGCAAGACCACCAAGUUCUGAGUCAGGCAGAGCUUGUGGUGAUCGACGAAGCCGCUGCGAUUCCGUUGCCAAUCGUGCGCAAUUUGUUGGGCCCCUACCUCGUCUUCCUCUCCUCGACGGUGAAUGGGUACGAAGGCACAGGCCGCAGUCUCUCUUUAAAACUUAUCCAGCAACUGCGGCAAGGUGCGGCCGCGACUGGCGACCGAUCCUCCGCGCUCGCAGACCGCGGGCCGAGUGCAAACCUCGCACAAGCUGCGCGUUCGUUGAAGCAAGUGCAACUUGCGGAACCGAUUCGGUACGCAGAGCAUGACCCAGUCGAAGCAUGGCUGCACCAGCUUCUGUGUUUGGACGCGAAUACCGCCAAGCUGUCCGGGUCGCAAUCGCGCGAAACACGCGCUGCGUGCCCUCACCCAAGUGAAUGUGAGCUGUUUAUGGUCAACCGUGACACGCUCUUCAGCUUCCAUCCCGCCUCGGAAACGUUCCUCCAGCGGCUCAUGGCACUCUACGUAGCGAGCCACUACAAAAACUCGCCAAAUGACCUGCAGCUCUUGAGCGAUGCGCCGGCACACGCACUUUUUGUGCUCCUUCCGCCCGCAGUCAAACGCCAGGGCGGCCUGCCCGAGCCAUUGUGCGUGGUGCAAGUCGCGCUCGAAGGUAAUGUGAGCCGCCAAGUGAUCCUCAAUUCGCUCGCGCGAGGAACAAGAGACGCCGGCGACCUGAUUCCCUGGCUCGUCACUCAGCAGUUCCAGGACUCGGACUUUGCCGAGCUGUCUGGCGCGCGCGUUGUACGCAUCGCAGUGCAUCCCGAGUACGCAAAUAUGGGCUAUGGAUCGCGCGCUUUGUCGCUGUUGGAGCAGUUCUACCGCGGCGAGCUUCUGGACCCCGAUGCGCUUGCGCAGCGUCCGAGGCACGGCUUUGCACCGAGUGCACACACCGAUGAAGUGGCAGUGCGCGACGCUGCACAGCUGCCGCCCCUCUUGGAGCGCCUCUCAGAGCGCGAGCCCGAAGCACUGGAUUGGGUAGGCGUUUCCUAUGGCCUCACCCCCAGCCUGUUCCGCUUCUGGAAGCACAACGGGUACGUCCCACUCUACAUCCGCCAGUCUCCGAACGAGUUGACGGGCGAGUACAGCACGGUUCAGCUCAAGACGCUGCGCGAGCAAAGCACGAGCGCUUGGCUUGCCGCGUAUGCCAGCGAUUUUCGCCGCCGGUUCAUCUCCUUGCUCUCUUUCCGCUUCCGUGAACUGAGCACGCUGACGGCAUUAAGCGUCCUUGAAGCCGCGUCCAAGGCUGCAGCAAAAGCACCCGCGGCGCUUCCGCUCGCUGCAGCGGAGCUGCCUUUGCUGCUUAGUCCAUUCGACCUCCGGCGGCUCGAAUCGUACGGGAACAAUUUGCUCGAGCUGCAGGUUGUUCUGGACUUAAUACCCACGCUCGCAUCGCUGUACUUUACCCAUCGUCUUCGCGUCGUUACCGACUUGGACGAUGACAUGGAUGGACAGGGCGAAAAUAUGGAGCUCAUCGUCAGUGGGAUUUCCGCCGCCCUGCUCCUUGCGAUUGGACUGCAGCGUAGAACACUUGACGACGUUGCAGCCGAGCUGCAGCUUCCGCUUAACCAGGCCCACACGCUCUUGGCAAAGUCCGUGCGCUGGAUUGUGAAAAACAUGCGCGCCAUUGAAAAACGGGCGAUUGCGCAGGAAUUGGACGAAACGGUGCGCGGCCAGCAAGUCGCGCCGACCGCUCUCGCGCCGCUGCAAGAAACGCUCGAGGAAGAGCUUGCCGCCGCGGGCUCGAACGCGCUUGCGGAGGAAAAGAAGCGCCAGGAACUGAUCCGGCAGGAUAUCGAAAAAGAUGCGGAACUAUCGCGCUACAUGAUUCCCGGCGCCGAAAAUUGGGACGAGGCCGAGGCGCGCGUCCGGAAAAUGCAAGAGAACCCCUCCAAAGCCUUCUCAAACACCUUUUCCAUCCGCAAGCCCGAGUCAUCCCCUGCGCUCCCUGCCCAGCCAGCCAAGCGCAAAGACAGAAAAGGCGACAAGCAGCGCAGCAAGAAACAACGCGCGUAG